UUAGUGCUGUGGCGCGCAGUCAAGUUUGUGCAAACUUUCCAAGCUACCAUUUUGAAAAUUUACAUGGAUUCGUGGUCAAAAUACUACAAAAUUUCAACUUGUCAUUCGCUUUUCAUCCUUGAAAACUAGACAGGAGUUAUCUGUGAAGGGACGUUGAACCCUGUUGUGGUGUGUUUGGUUUUGAAUAAUGGCCAGCAGUGGUGGUUCUCCAGGAGGGCAGGGACGCCAGCCUCCUCGCGGUCUCUCCUAUACUGACCCAAGACCUAGGAAGAGACCAGUCCCACGAUUUGGGCCUGGCAUGGACACAGAGCUAAGCCUUAACACAGAGCUACGCAGAACAGAGGAGCAAAUAGGGCAGAGGUCUCUACCUAACAACUUGGGCUGGUCCUCUGAUCAGAGACCCAGUAGUGCACCUGGGGAAAAGAAGGGCAGACAUUUUGAGCAAGUCAAGCUGCUUCAAGGCACUCCCCCUGCUGAUUUCACCAGCAAGAAGCGGCACACCCCUGCAACAGUUGCAAGGACCAAGUUCCCCCCUGGGACACCGGCAUCAGAGAGGCAAGCUAUCGAGAGGCUAAGACAGCAACUGAGGUUUGAUGAAGAGCAGGUGCCUACUUCAGAUCAUAGCGGAGCGAGUGCACAAGAGUCUCUGCCGUCACCUCCAGUAAGUGCUGCUGCAAAUAAUGAGCGUAUGCUACCUUUGUCAAGACCUGCAGUCUCCCUUUCCAUCCCCAUAAGAGAGACUAACGAGACAGAUGCUGGGGCAGCAGCAGUUGCUGCAGAUUUUGAUUUGGAGUAUGAUGGAGACCAGGUUGAUAUUGUGCAGAUUUUGGGCAGACUCAAGCAAGUCAGAGACUUUCUCAAGCAGGCAACAUCAAUGUUUAUCAACAUGAGCACAGGAGGAUCUGAUGAGCAAAGGUCCAGUGAUUUUGACCAAGCAGCAAAACUUGCAAGACUCAUAAAGCAUCUGAAAACUCAAGAAAAAGCCUAUACCGACCUUCUUCAAAGAACAAUAGCUAUGGGAGAUGACUCAACUGUUGAGAACACCCCAUCUGUCAGUAUGCAGUCAGUGGGCACAGAGGAUGCUAAGAGUGAGACGUUGUCUGUACAAGAUGAAGAACUUCAAGGGUUACAGCAACAGCACGCGCUGCUCCAAAAGAUGCUGGAACAGCAGCAGCAGCUAAAAGAUCUGCAAAGUCGACAAGCUGCUCUCUUGACUCUUCAGAGAGAUGCAGAAAAGAAACUUGCAGAAGCAGAAGAAGAGGGUCGUCAGUUGACGACAGCAAUAGAAGAGGGUGCCGUAGGUGGCCAGGACUUUGAAGGAGCUGGUGGCAGAAGCAGGAGUGCCACAGAUACUUCUCAGUUGCCGGGAGCAGCAGGGAGGCUGUCUGACCAUGGAGGUAUUGAAGAUAUGGGACUAACCCCUGAACAACUUGCACUAUUUCACUUUAUGGAAAGAAAUAAAGAGAAGCUACGGGCCCGGGACUCCUCUGAAAAAGACAGAGAUGAGAAGCAGGGCCAUUCCAGAAAGAAAAAGAAAAACCUGCAGGUAGCACAAGCAGUCCCAGAAACGCUAAACCCUCCGUCAGGCUCUGCAAGUGAACAACCUGACAAUGAGGAGGCAGCUCUGGCACUAGCAGACGCUACCCAGGAAAGACUAGAGCUUGAAAACAAGUUGAUGGCCUUGCAAGCCAAGAAGGAGCAGAUGGACUCACUUCUAAGGGAGCUACAACAGCUUAGAGAGGCUCAGCUUAGAAAAGAAAACCUUGAAUCUACUGGUCCUCGUGUCUCAAGUGUCAAUGAAUCCAGGCAGGAUGAGGAGGAUGAGAAACCUCUUGCAACUAAAUCUCAGAAGCUUGAUGAUGACAGGAUUCUGGAGGCACUUGAGGUGCAUGAGAAGCUCAAAAAACUCCAAGAAGUAAGGGAUCGCCUCAAGCAAUUGAGAGAUCUUAUUGGCCAUUACCAGCCACCAAUGCCAGGGGGAGUUGAAACAUCAGAAGAUGUCUCUCAUGCAUCUGAGCAGUCCGGUGCGCUGGAGGACAGUGCCCCAGAGUCUGGUCAAGCAGAAGAUGAGGAGGAAGGAGCGGUGGGCGGUCCAGCCCCUGGUCCUUCUGGAAAUGCCAUUGAGUGGAUUCUUAAAGCUGGCAUAGAGGACCCAGAACUUGUCAAUAAACUCAAACAACUUCAGGCAGCGAGGGAGAGGGUGCUUAAUCUUAAACAAACUAACCAGUCGGCUCAGCUUGCAACAUCCAGGGUACAUAAUGAGACUGGUCAAGAAGGGUCAGUGCAAACUCAGACAGACUCAGAGUCGGAGGCUGUGUCUGCUAGCGACACUGAAAGCAAUGCCAGCUCUAGCCUAAAUGCUCUUGUAUGGCAGGACGACCCCGAGUUCCAAGACAAGAUAAGAAAACUCAAUUCUGCAAAGCAAAAAUUGAAGCAGUUGCAAGAGUUAGUCAAACGAGUUCAGCAGUUCCCAGACAGCACACCAACACUGCCUACUGAACUAGCAGAACUUAGUUUUGAUGAUAACUUGGAAAACUCCUCAGAGGACAGCAGUGACUCAUCUGAAGAUGAUGACGAUGACGACGACGACAAUGGUGAUGAUGAUCAGGAUGCUAAUGAUGCAACUGUCAAUCAACAAGAUGAUGAUGACGAUGAUGAUGAUGAUCAAGAUGAUGAUGAUGAGGAACAAUCCAUCCUGAGUGAACAGGCUAUAGAGGAUUAUAACAGUCAAGACCAGGAAGCAGAAUACCAGAUCAGGCUGCAAAAACAAAAGAAUGAGCUGGAACGACUGCUGCAGGAGCGAAGACGUCUGCUGGAAAUGCAACAAGAGCUUACAAAGAUGACAAAAGAACAAGACAGCUUGAAACAGACAGCAGCCAACAAACAGCCAAGUACUUCUGACAAACCAAUACCCAAAAAGACCACCCCAGACCAGUCAACAUACACGUCAGGUCUUGUGCGCACUGACACCUUCACAGUCCAUAAGCCCACCAUAAGCAAGGGUGCUACAGCGCCUGUCGUGAGUGACUCAGCCACCCAGACGGCAUUUGAUGGUGGCCGCUUCCAGGCCGUUCGACCUAACAAAUCAUACUCUGUAGACUCAGGAGACCCGGUUGCAGCUGGUGGUACAACUUCCAGUGCACUUGUCUGGUCAGAGCUAAGGCGCCAGCGUGAGCUCCACGAGGAGAAACUGAAAAGGCGUAAGCAGCGCCUGUUGAAUGAGAAACGUAGAAAGGCGGGGCUUGAUGAUGUGUCAGAGGGUGGCACCUACUCCCUGCGCAGUGCUGACAUGGAUGAGGGGUUUGGUGUGAGUAUGAUGAGCGCAGAUAUCACCACAGCCACAUGGGGUGGAUCCACCCAGCCUAGCAGCACCCAGAACGACUCAGCAGUGUCUGAGGAUGGGUCAGAUACAGAGAAGAUUACUGUGGAGGUGGAGGAUGAGUACCCUGAUGGCAUCGUGCAAGCAGAGGAAGAGGAAGAAGAGCAGGAUGAGCCGGAUGCCUUCCCAGGUGGUGCUCGUGGUGUGUUCAGGAGUAGGGAGCGUGCACCUCGCAGCAGCUAUUCUGCCAUAAAGCGGUCUGGGAAGAAGCGUAAACUUGAUGGCACAACGAAUGGUCGCAAAAGGGAUAGAUGGCUGACUUUUGAUGACUGGCCAAGGACUUAUUCCGAUUCCAGCCCAAGACAGAGAAUUAGGGAACAGGAGCACCAGAAGAACCAAUUCCAGAUUGAACGACAAGUGUGGGAAACCCAGUGCAACCAGCUGCAUCAGGAAAUCUCCAAUCUGACAGGGCUUUGCAAUAACCUGCUGCGUGAUCAACAGUCGCUAGUGUCUGCUCUGAUAGGCCGCUCCAACUUAAUGAGCCCCCUACCACAGACUCCACAGUUCCCAGGUUUUUCAGGUUCCAAUCCAUUUCAGCAGUACCAGCAAAGACAGCAAGAGGCCUACCAGAACCUACAUGGUUAUUUUGACCAGAGGCGCUUCCUGGCUGACCAACAACACCUCAUGCAGACUUUAAACCAGUGCUACAACCAGCUCAACCAUCAGCAGCAAGAACUAGGCUUCCUCCAGAACCAAUUCCAACAGCUAUUCCCUAGUGCUAGCCCAGAGCCACGCCAACCCUCACCAAUGAUGGGCUUCCAGCCUUCCUACCUGAGCAAUCCAUUUGCCAUGCCCCCUGGUACCUCCCCUACACCAGGAAGCACCUCCCGCAGCAUGCAGAGUAAUCCUGUACCCUCUCACCAUUAUUUUACUAAUAGAUACUCCCCAUACCAGCGCACGCAUACAUCUACCACCGCUGAUGGAGCCACCCCGGUGAUUGACCUCAGAGAGAUGGCCAAAGUACUAAGUAGCAAUUUCCCUGCACCAUCUGCCCCCCAAGCUCCCAUGUCUGCUCCGAGCUGGAUGCCUGUGUUUACUGAGGGCCCUGGUUGUUCAACUGCCCCCACGCAGACCCAGGCCACUGCAGCUAACCCUGACACAGGGAUGCCAAGCCCUAGGUUUGGCGGUCAUCCAGAAGAGCCAGCUCCUCACCCAAGGAAUGUGUUUAGUGGGUUUCCAUCGUCAUCAGGUUAUGGGACUUCUACUGCUAAAACCAGUGAUACUACCUGGACUGCUCGAAGCUAUAACCCAUCUGUAUACUCAGAACCUACCAAAGUCACAACAGCUUCAAGUUCCAGACAACCUCCCUCGGCUGAGGUUGUAGGUCGUACUUUCCCCACCCCUCUGCGUGCAGAAGCAGUAGCUCACCUGGCCAAGAAGGACCAGACCCCUCUUGCUCAAGCUGCAGCAGCCCUUCCUGUCAGAAGGGGCAUGGAAUCAGUGGAGACAGCAUCUCACCUGUCCAGUGUACCAGGGGAGGAUCAAGAUCACAAUAGAAGAGGAUACCAAGAUGACCCGGUGUCUGAUGCUGGUAGCGAGUUCUCGUUAUUUGAAGCCCUUCGUGAUUCCAUCUACUCUGAAGUGGCCACGCUCAUCUCAAUAAAUGAGUCCAGACCUCACUUUCUGAUUGAGCUAUUCCGUGAGCUUCAGUUGCUCACAUCAGACUACCUGCGGCAACGAGGUCUUUAUGCGCUCCGUGAUAUCGUCACUCGCUUCCUGACUGAAGAUUCCCUCACUACUAACAACGUCAUGGACUCAGCCAUCAAACAAGCACGUUUCCAAGCAUGGAUGGGUUCAAACUCUGAAUUGACUCCUAGCGAGACAGUGGAUACAGAGACUGAGGAUGAGUCCCAGGCCCCUGAGGAAGACGCAGUGCCAGCACAAGUGGUCACGGAGGGCAUUUACGACUACGCUGAACCUGUCGAGUCUGGCAGUACGUUAUCCACACCCACAUCCAGCCAGGCAGGAGAGAGCCCCUUCGCCUCAGAGGGCCUAGGGGACACUGUUAUUCACCUUGACCAGACCCUAAGCAAGAUGCGUGAAUAUGAAAGAAUGCGUGAAGAAGGGAGGCUCCGUGAGCUUAAGCAACUCCAAUACGGUGCUACAGGGGGUGGAGCCGAGGGUGGUGCUGUCAAAGAUGAUGUCACUACAAGUUCUGCUGGUGAUGUUGGUAGCGAGUCGUCCAUGUCUGAUGUACAGUAUCCACGUAUUGAUACUCAAGCACUCGAUCAUCAAAUCAAAUCUAUAAUGGCGGAGGUGAUCCCGUAUCUAAAUGAGCACAUGGAAGACACAUGCUCGAUGGAGUUGCUAGGAUACAUACGUAACCUGGUGUUGACCAGAAUAAGAGUCAAGGAGGAGCAGGAAUUUGGUCGCUUCUUCCACAAGCAAUUAUCGGCUAUCCUCUUGGACUCGCUUUCCAAGUUCGAGGAUAAAAAGAUGAAGGAUUGUGGGGAGGACAUCUUGGUGGACAUGUCUGAGAUCCUCUUCAAUGAACUGGCAUUCUUCCGUCUGAUGCAAGACCUUGAUGCGCCAGGCAAUCGGGCCAGGAGGCCGUUCUGGAGACAGGUCAGUGUCACCAGUAGUAGUAUGGAGUGCGAGAGCACGACAGACACAGGCACAGGCCAGGAGGGUGACAAGGAGGACGAGGGUGAUGCUGAUGACAAAGAACAGCAGGACAAUGACAGUGCUGUCGAGGGAGACGAGUCCUUGCCUCAAGGCGAAAAUGUUGAGCAGGAUGAAGAUGGGGACGAGGACAGCAGUGACGUCGAGUCCUCCACGACCUCCACAUCCGAGGACUCCGACGCCGAGGACGAGGCAGGUGCAGCAGACGCCGGCGAGGCUGAUGACGAGAUGCCGAUGACCAAGGAGCAGAUAGAGGCAGAGGCGGAGAAUCUUGGCAAGUCCCGAGACGAUGAUAUGGCCGCACAGUUUCAAGAAAUAGCCAAAGGGAUUGAGGACAAAGACUCUGCCGAAUCACAGCAGUGCGUAAAACUUGCUUUGUCAGUCAGUGAGUCCAAGCCGUUUACAAGUGCCGGUAGCGGGGAAGAGGACGGUGAGGAGUCGUACGACGACCAGGAGGCUCGCUGCAGCUUGGAGGACUGCGAGGGUGGGACGGCUGCCGGGGCAGCGGCCGAGGCAAGCAGGGAAAGGCGUAAGCAGCGUGGAGACGACACGCGUAGCGAUGAGAGUGACACCCCUCAAGAUGACCAAGAGCAGGCUGCAGCGGCUAGACCUGAGCAUCUACAGAACGGACAGGCUGAAGAUGAUGAAUUUGAGGUGAUUCUGGAUGAUCUGCCUACAAAGCUAACGGGCCUGACAGAGGCGGAUUUACAGGCGCGUAUUGCUGAGGAGCACAGCCGUACUGAGGGCGUGCAGGGGGUCUUGGCCCAGAUGGAUGGAGAACCGGAGCUGGUCGGCGACCCCAAUGCGCUACCUGAAUCUGCUAAUGGUCCUGUGAAUGGCGAAGCUGACAAAUGAUUGACGUGAUUGACAGCAUGUCGCCCCGCCCAUUACCAUGGAUUGUACUGGUAGCUCACAAGCUUGUUUAAAGGAGCGCAGUGCUCCACGCGCCGUGGCAAGCUUGCGCCCGUGCUAUAUUGCGAAGUGCUUGAUGUUCACUGACAAACAAGCAUGGUCGAUAGCGUCGGUAUUGUGUACAAACGUUAAAGACAUCAUUGUAUUGGAUUCGCCCAUGAAAUUUUCUUCGUUCCUUCGCAUGCAAACAAAGUGUCAUUUAUCCAGGUCGCAGUGUAGCAGUAGUAUGUAUUGUAUAUGGUAGUUGUCAAGGAACCGUCGAUAUACCGGGGGGGGGGAUCCUUUCUCUUCACUAAGUACAGAGAUUCUUCAACCUCCGUGUGUUUGGUAGUUUUCCACCAAUUGAACACCUAAGGAGAUGCCCUAGUGUUUUCCAUAGGUUUUCUCUGUGAGAAGAACGCUCGCAUACUCAUCAACGAAAUCCCAUACGCACAAGUCCAUAGUCUUUUGUCAAGAAAAUUGUUUAACACUGAUAAAUCAGGAACGUGCCAUAGAAAGGUUUUAGCUACUGUAAGAAUAAAGAUUUUAGCGUACCAGAAGAGCAGUUUCUGUUUAACGUAUCACGGUGUUUUAUACUAGUACAAUGCUAAUCUAAUUUGAAAGGUAUGAAAAUGUAAUACAAAGUGUAGCGAAAAAAAAUCCACUUUUACAGUAACUAGAACCUUUUUUUCGACACGCCAUAACACGUGUUGGGCGUUAACUGGACGUCAAGAGUAGCAACUCUGUAUGAUAAGGAGGCGUUUAGGUGGUUUAAUAUGUUGUUGCCCGGUAGUAUUUCCCCGGUUGUUGUUGCUGCUAGGGCAACUCUAAAUUCAGGUCCGACUCCGAAAAUAAAUGUUUUUAUUAUUGUAACUGCAUUGAAAGUCGGUGGGCAACUAAAAAGUGGAGAGGAUACACGGCAUAAUUGUCAGAGAAAGGUAAAGUGUUAAGUUAUAAUAGGCUUAUUGAAGUGGGAGAUCACGUGACCUUUUAAGUGGCAUACUCAAGAACAAAAUAAACCCAACAUGGCUGUCAUGGUCACCCCAAAGCCGAGUUUUGACACCCAAAAAGUCACGUGAUUUCAUAGUGCAAGUCGCCUAUUAUGACUUGUCGGAGUGUUGAUGUUCUAUCACACGUGCAUCGAUGAUAACACGAAUUUCACGCUAAUUCGAACUGUUUUUCAUUUCCCUCGAGGGUUCGAGUUCACGGUGUUCCAAUUCACUUGAUGAGAUUUUUUAAACUAAUUUGUAAAGCAAGGCCCUAAUUUGUUGCUGCAGUGUUACCUACAAACGGUUCAUAGCAUUUAAUAUGGAAUAAAACUUGGGAAUGUGUUAUUUCCCUGCUAUAGAAACCAGGCUUUAGUAUAUAGCUAUCCCAGUUUCUGCAGGAAGUGCUGAUCUCAGCACUGAUUCAGCUAAAGGUUAAGUGUGUGGAUGGUAUUUAUUCAUCAUUAAAUACAGGUCAGGCCUGGAUCAAACUCCA